CGCGGCAGAUGAGCCCCUUGCGCCACCGGUGUGUCCCCAAGGUCGAGACUCCACGGACCACGCUGCGCCAUUCAGUUGGUUAGUAGCAUUGUGUGAGCGCACUGGUUUGCAUCCACCUGCUGAAAUGAAGGCUUUCGUGAUUUUCGCGUGCGUGUGCGCCGUUGCGUACGCGCAGUUUGGACAGGUCCAGCGGACCAGUCAAUCUGGGAACCAACAGUUUGGAAACCAGCAGUAUGGCAACCAGCAGGGUUCGUUCGCUAGUCAACAGCAACCAGCUAGGAGUCAGAGUGCAGGCUCCUGCCAUGAGUUGAAUGAGCGGUACCCCGUGUCUGGCAGCUGUGACAGAUACAUUGAGUGCAUUAACGGAACGGCCGAAGAGAAACUUUGUCCGGAUGGUCUCAGGUUCAACCCCAACCUGAACUUCAAUGCGUACCCUUGCCAGUACCCGAAUGACUACCAGUGCCUUGAGCGGUCUUCCCUCCAACCACCCCAACCUACUGCGGACUGCCCCAACCAGUUCGGCUACUUCAAGCUUGGGGACGCAAGGAACUGCAGCUACUUCAGAAACUGCGUGAGCGGCGUCGGCUACGACUUCACCUGCCCCGAGGGCCUGGCCUUCAACCCCGACACCUACCGCUGCGACUGGCCCGAUGAAGUUGCCGCUUGCGACGCUGAAGCCUUCCUCGGUUUCCGGUGCCCUGAAAUUCCCAUCUCUAAGGAACUCGGACCCCCAGCUGGAUACAGAUUUUACAGGUCCGACGAGAGCUGCCAAAAGUACUUCCUAUGCAUCGAGGGCCGUCCACGAGCCCUGGCCUGCGGAGGAGACUCUGCCUUCGAUGACCUGACCUCCACCUGUGUCUCCGCCGACGAGGUCGACGCCUGCCCAGUGGAACUGAGGAACGCCGCCGCCAGAGCAAGGAAAGAAGAGAAGGAACAUCAGGCUCUAGAACAAUCCCUCAGCUCUCUGACACCUCAGCAGAAAAGAAGAAACUACUAAACCCCAUCAACCAUGCAGACGUCCUUGUAUUUGGUGACGUCACAACCAGUCAUUUAGUGUAAUUUACCAGUUACCAUUUUGCCAAAAAUAUUUCUAUGCAAAAUGAAUGUUUAAAAUUAUAAAUCUCCGUAGUAAUAUGUUAUCUGUUACCUUACAUGUCUUUUUAAGGUAAUACGUCGGUCUACGGUAUUUUGUGCUGUAAAUUGAACUUGCGUACAAAGGGAUACCUCUAACUUUAUGACCAAGUUAUUAAGAUACUCGUAAAAUAAGUUACACGAAUUGUUAAAGAUAAUAAAAUACUGUUACUUAAUCAA